CCUUUCAGCGCCGAGUUCUCUUUCCUUAGAUCAUCAAUCUGACGUUGGCUGAAUUCUAGACUAGCACAUAAUGCAUUGAUGUCCUCUCGUAAUAUAUCCAAGAUAUCAAGUUUGGCAAGCCUUUCAUUGAUGGAUUUUAACAAGUCAACAACCAUAUCAGUAAACCUCUCCCCACGCACCCUCUUACUAAGGGAUGAUUUCGUUCCAUCGUUGAUACCUAUUUUCCAACUUGGUUUUGGUUUGUUUGUUGAUUUGGUUGGAUGUCCUUAACAAUGCUUGAAUCCUCUGAAACCAGCGACAUGUUUCUUUUGAGUUCAAAAUGCUCAAGAGGCAAUUCCGUACACUGAAAGCCCAGGGAAGACUCCCACUAGACCUCCCUCUGAGACCAAUGAAGGCCUGGCUCCUGGCAGGGAAAAGAGUCUUCUUGGAGCGUGAGACAGAGACAUGGAAGAGAUGGAGGAAGGUCUGUGUAGCUGAAUUGACUUGGGAUGCAAAGAGGGGCUUGGAAUUACAGGAGACAGAGAGAGUUCUCCUGGUCAGUUGCCAGAGAGUUCAGGAUGAAUUAAGGAUGUCUGAUUUCACUGUGGACACGGCGCCCAACAAAGCCAUCCAGCUUCUGAAAGAGGAGUGUUGGAAGUUGAACUUCUUGCACCUAAAGGAUGAGACAUGCCAGGCCACUGAGCUCACUGAGCUGUAUGGGCAUUCUGAGACCUCUUCAAAGGAAACUCUAAUUGAAGAGAAAAGUCCAAAGACCAAGUACCCGUCCAGCGUCACUGGGGCUGCUGACAUUGACAACACCAAUGAGGAGGCUUCAGAGGAAUCUCCGAAUAACAGUGUGGUGGACUUUCAGGAUGAGUCGCUGGCCCUGGUCAGUGUGGAGAAAGACGCUGCUGGAGAUGGAAAGGUCAAGGUGGUGAAGCCCAAAGGGUGUCUGAAGGAGAGCUGCAAAGAUCAGCUAACCCCAACAAUCUAUGAUAUGAUUACGGAACUACCAAAGUCCUAUUUCGGAUCCACUGAGAGCCUUCCUGAGAUGUGUAUCAGAGGUCCAAAUGUGUGCAGUGGAGUGCCUGAUGUGUCAAAUGCAGUGGGAGAGGUGUCCAGUGACACAAUGACGACUGAAGCUGCUGAAGACCUUCUGGACACUGGAAAUGUCCUGAGAAAGGUGGUGCAGCUAUCCACCGAGAGCCAUGCUGAGGUGUGCAAUGGAGAGACUGAGCUGUGCAGCGGAGGUCCUGAGGUGUGCAGGGGAGGUCCUGAGGUGUGCAGCAGAGGUCCUGAGGUGUGCAGCGGAGGUCCUGAGGUGUGCAGCGGAGGUCCUGAGGUGUGCAGCGGAGGUCCUGAGGUGUGCAAUGGAGAGACUGAGCUGUGCAGCGGUCCUGAGGUGUGCAGCGGAGGUCCUGAGGUGUGCAGCGGAGGUCCUGAGGUGUGCAGCGGAGGUCCUGAGGUGUGCAGCGGAGGUCCUGAGGUGUGCAGCGGAGGUCCUGAGGUGUGCAGCGGAGGUCCUGAGGUGUGCAGCGGAGGUCCUGAGGUGUGCAGCGGAGGUCCUGAGGUGUGCAGUGGAGGUCCUGAGGUGUCAAACCCAGUGGAAGAGGUGUCCAGUGAUACAAAGACAGAGGCUGCUGAAGAACUUCGGGACACUGAAAAUGUCCUCAGCAAGGUGGUGAAAUCCAAAGGGUGGCUGAAGGAGGGCUGGGAAGAUCAGCUGACCAAAGACUUCAAUGAUAUGAUUGCAAGACUCCCAAAGUCCUAUUUCGGAUCCACUGAGAGCCUUCCUGAGAUGUGUAGCAGAGGUCCUGAGGUGUGCAGUGGAGGUCCUGAGGUGUGCAGCGGAGGUCCUGAGGUGUGCAGCGGAGGUCCUGAGGUGUCAAACGAAGUGGAAGAGGUGUGCAGUGACACAAUGAAUAUAGAGGCUACAGGAAAUCUUCUGAAAACUGGAAAUGGCCUAAGCAAGGUGGUGCUCCUAUCCACUGAGAGCCGUCCUGAUGUGUGCAUUAGAGUGCCUGAAGUGUACAGUGGAUGUCCUGAGGUGUUCAGUGAGGUGUUCAGUGAGGUGCCUGAGGCACCAAACGCAGUGGAAGAGGUGUCCAGUGAUACAAAGACAGAGGCUGCUGAAGAACUUCGGGACACUGAAAAUGUCCUCAGCAAGGUGGUGAAAUCCAAAGGGUGGCUGAAGGAGGGCUGGGAAGAUCAGCUGACCAAAGACUUCAAUGAUAUGAUUGCAAGACUCCCAAAGUCCUAUUUCGGAUCCACUGAGAGCCUUCCUGAGAUGUGUAGCAGAGGUCCUGAGGUGUGCAGUGGAGGUCCUGAGGUGUGCAGCGGAGGUCCUGAGGUGUGCAGCGGAGGUCCUGAGGUGUGCAGCGGAGGUCCUGAGGUGUCAAACGAAGUGGAAGAGGUGUGCAGUGACACAAUGAAUAUAGAGGCUACAGGAAAUCUUCUGAAAACUGGAAAUGGCCUAAGCAAGGUGGUGCUCCUAUCCACUGAGAGCCGUCCUGAUGUGUGCAUUAGAGUGCCUGAAGUGUACAGUGAGGUGUUCAGUGAGGUGCCUGAGGCACCAAACGCAGUGGAAGAGGUGUCCAGUGAUACAAAGACAGAGGCUGCUGAAGAACUUCGGGACACUGAAAAUGUCCUCAGCAAGGUGGUGAAAUCCAAAGGGUGGCUGAAGGAGGGCUGGGAAGAUCAGCUGACCAAAGACUUCAAUGAUAUGAUUGCAAGACUCCCAAAGUCCUAUUUUGGAUCCAACGAGAGCCUUCCUGAGGUGUGCAGCGGAGUGCCCGAGGUGUCGAACGCAGCGGAAGUGGUGCGCAGUGACACAAAGAAGCAGAAGAAAAAUGGCGUUCUACGAUUCUUCCGACGUGUGUGGAAGUUCUUCACAUGCACCAACAGCCUCCCAAAAGAGGAGUGACUCAAGCACACACAACUCCGGGCAACACUUUCUCCACCAUCUCCCCCUUUCCUUCCAACUGGCUCUUUUUAAUAAUACAAAUAAAGGGGAUCUGAACCACAA